GCCCGAUCCGCAAGCGCGACUGGGCCACGCUGGCCCAGAAGUGGCUCAAGCAAUGCCAAGUCAUGCUCCACACGGACGGCGCCCGCUCCUACAAGCUGCGCGUUGACGGCGCGGCCCGCGACUGGGUCGCCCACAUGAAGAAGCGCGUGAAGGUGAACGGCAAGCACGCGCGGCUGAAGACACACUUCACGAAGGUCAGGGAUGACGGCGUCGCUGACAAUGGAAGCCCCGACAAGCAAAAGCGAAUAUGGGUGAAGUGCGGGGCCCAGGUCAUUGACCGCGCGCGGGGCGGCUUGAGGCGCCAUUUUGGCCCCGGCCGCAAGGUGAACUCCCGCGCGCUGGCAAACAAGGCGAGGUCCUUCCAGCGGUGCAACUGGGGCAAGGGCGAGGACCUCUGGACGCAGACGGGCAAGAUGCUGACCGCCCUGUUCUCGCAGCGGCACGCUGAGAGGUCGCUAGCCGCGUUCGCCCGUGAUCUCGCGCGCUUCCACCGGGCAGCUUGGCCCGCGAUGCCGAAUGCGCACCCGGCGGAGGCCGCGAACUUGCCAGCUUGCGGCGCGAAGUCGCUCAGGGCGUGGCUGGAAGAGGAAAGGCGCGCCAACGACACCAUGGUUGCUGCGUGGAACAAUGCGAAAACCAUGCCCGUUCUUGAAGUGCUGGCGAAGCCCGACGUGGUAGGCGAGGUGGGCAAGAAGGGCGCCGCGACCGCCUGGGACCCCCCUAUCAAGCAGUGGAGGUAUUGCGCGAAAAGCCGCACCAGGGGCUUCGUCGACGUCGCGACGAACUGCGGCGACCUCUCGAACGUCGAUUGGGGGGCUGUCAAAGAGGCCGUGAGCGAGGGCAGGUGCAGCGACUUGCCGCCGCCCCUCGGCAUCUCCUAUGCGGGCCACAAAGAAGUCUCCUGCGUGAUGAGCCUGCGCGUGUCCAAGUCCACGCCUGUCGACGCUGGCGAGGCCGCGGAGAGGACGGCCGCCCAUGACAGGACUUGGGGGCUCGCGCAGACGGAAGCGCCCCGCGGGAACCUCGACGGCCAGAAGCUGUUGUGGGUGGAGCAUCAGCACGUGGACCCAGAAUUCCCGAUUCACGACAUGAAGCGGGAGUUCGUGAACAACUGCCUAGAACUAACUGCUGACCGCGACCACUUCGCCACCAAAGAAGAUUAUCACCCGCUGUUGAAGCCUGGCAUCCGCAAGGAGUACAUGCCCACCGCGAGCAGAAUCUUGGCGACGAUGAUGGGCAACGCUGCGCUUGCGAUCGGCGAGGCGGGCUGCGCCAUGGUCGGCGAGAUCUGGGCGCCAUGCAUCUUCGAUGACGGCGACCUCGCAGACCAGCGGCCGCGCGACCUCAAGGCUUUCUCGACCCCGCGCAGGCCCGCUGGCAACAACUCGCCCGUCGAGAAGUUGCCCUUCAUGGGUGGCUAUAUCAAGCCCGAAGCAGGACAGAUCCUCGCGCGGCUCCUCAGGCACAAGGUGCGCCGCGACCGUGAGGAGCACGACGGGCCCCUCGCCUUCGAGAUGAAAGGUGUUCUCACGCCCAUGACCGAGUCGCGCGCCGCAGCAGUGGGCGCGCGCGACGACGGGGGGAGCGGCGGCGCCGCCGCCGCCGCAGAGGGCAGCGCAACGGAGCACGCUCCAGGCGGCGUCGAGGCAGCGCCCGCUGGCGAAGAGACGUUCGCCCACGACGGCGCCGCUGACGCUGGGGCCGACGACGCUGUCGAGGAGGAUGCGUUCGGCUUCGGCGGCGGCUUGGACGCGCCCGCGCCGACGCCCCCCAGAGAGCUGACGAAUGCGCGGGGCGCCCGCGUGACCGAGCUCAUCAGUGCCGAAGCGAACGCGGGCACCGUGGUGCCGCGGCAGUUGCCACACGGCAAGCUCUCGGACGAGGACCAUGAGGAGCAGGUGGCGAUCUUCCCCGGCUUCGCCGAGGUCCAUAACGGCACGCGCGUGGACCUGCUCACCCCGCCGACGAAGACCAAAAAGACCACCUUGACCUGCAACGAGCCGCUCUCCCCAAUCGACUACCAGGAGCAACGGCUGAUUGUUGCAUCGAUGACUGCUCCGGCGCACGGGGGAACCAUCGCCGUUGACGAAGCAGAGUUGGACCUCGAGGCCGAGAUGGGGGCGAUGCUCGAUGCCAGCGCGGCGGACGUUGGCGAGGGCGCGGUCGCGCAGCCUUCAGUCCAGUUGGACUGA